GUUCGUAAUCCAUUUCCAAAAAUCCACCACUAUAUGGUAACUUCAUUAACGGUGUCAUAAUUUAACCGUUAAACCGCGAGACUGGGAAAAUGGGAUUCCUUCAUCAGCUACAUCUUCUGUUGUGGAAGAAUGUUUCUUUGAAGAGGAGAGGACCGUGGGUGUUGGCCUUUGAGAUCUUCAUCCCCCUGGUCCUCUUCUUCAUCCUGCUGGGCCUGCGCCAGAAGAAACCUGCUAUUCCCGUCAAGGAAGCCUUCUACAGCGCAGCUCCACUCACCUCAGCAGGCAUCAUUCCCAUCAUGCAGUCUCUGUGUCCCGACGGCCAGAGGGACGAGUUUGGCUUCCUGCAGUACAAGAACUCCACUGUGACCCAGUUGUUGGAGCGGAUCCAUGAGGUGGUGUUGCAGAACCACCUGUUUACAGCAGACAGGCCAGGACUGGGCCAGGAGCUGGAGUCCCUACAGCAACACCUGGAGAGCCUCAGCACAUCCACAGGGUCCUCCCCACUGGACAACAACUUCAACACCAGCCAAGGGUUCACAGUAGCUAGUGUGUUGAAGAACCAGUCAGUGUUCCAUCAGUUCCUGGUCAGGAAUCUGUCCCUCCCCAACGACACCGCCAGCCUGCUUCUCUCCACUCCUGUCAACCUCAAAGAGGUCUUCAACCUGAUAUUUGGCCUGUACCCCAGAACUGGAGGGGGGAAUAGUCACAGUUCUGGAGGGGAAAAAGAGACUGCACACACACCUGCAGAGAAGAUCCUUCAACUGGAGGAGAAGCUGCUAGGAGCCAUGCAUAGUCUGGAUGGUGGACUGAUCCACAAAGCUUUAAUAGACCCAACCAAAGCAGUUCAUCGGCAGGCCCUGCUCAAACUCAUGUCCCAGGCUUUAGGCCUAGCAGGAGGAGGGGCAGGCCAGAGAUACGACCCCCAGGGACUGAAGGAGGUGGAGGGUGUUCUCCUGACUGGUGCCAUGUUGGAAAUGCUUACCUGUGGGGAGGACGGGACUAGUGAGCUGAGCAAGAUCCUAUUGGUUCCUGAGAAGCAGCAGUCCCUGCUCCAGGCCUAUCGCAGCUCAGUGUGUGGUGGUGGGGCGGGACAAAGGACUGAGCGCUUUGGAGAGAUGAGCCAGGAGCUGCGAGAGCAGAUAGACACACAGAGCCUUAUUGACAAGCUGCAUCUGGCGCAAGCCAACUCCUCGGCCCCUCUAUCCCAGUCCCACCUGGGUGCUCUGCUGAAGGACUUGGCUGACGUGGAGAGGCUCCUCAGGGAUGUAGACCUGCUGUCAGGCCUGGCUCGCCUGCUCCCCAAGGGGGCCUGUGCCGGCCACGCCCCCCCCGGGGCUCUAGCCAACACCACCACUUCCUGGUCCCUCAAUGCCACCACCUGGGGGCCCAAUACCACCGAGAACCCCUGGGGGGAGGGCGGAGAGGAGGAGGGGGGAGGAAGAGAAAAAGAGGAAGUGAAAGAAGAAGAGAACCCUCGCUCGCAGUUUUCUGCCUUUGUGCAGCUGUGGGCAGGGCUGCAGCCUAUUCUGUGUGGGAACAACAGGAUCAUUGAGCCAGAGGCUUUAAAGCAGGGGAAUAUGAGCUCUCUGGGCUUUACCAGUAAAGAGCAGCGCAAUCUGGGCUUACUAGUGCACCUGAUGACUACAAAUCCCAAGAUCCUCUACUCUCCCAUUGGCUCACAGGUGGACAAAGUCAUUCAGAAGGCCAAUGAGACGUUUGCGUUUGUGGGGAACGUGACUCACUACGCCCGGGUGUGGCUCAACAUCUCUGCCCAGCUCAGAACCUACCUGGAGGAGGGCAAGCUGCACCACCACCUGGCCUGGUUGCAGCAGUUGACCUCUGACCUACGUGGUCACCCGGAGCUGCUGAAUGGGACAGACAGUGAUCUGCUGCGUGGGCUGCUGGAGGGCAACUACACCCUGCCCAACACCUCCACCCUGCUGCAGCAGCUGGACACCAUCGACAACGCCGCCUGCGGCUGGACACACUUCAUGUCCAAGGUCAGUGUGGAUAUCUUCAAGGGUUUUCCGGAUGAGGACAGCAUCGUCAACUACACACUGAACCAAGCUUACCAUGAUAACAUCUCAGUGUUUGCCAGUGUGAUAUUCCAGACCAACAUAGAUGGCUCCCUGCCUCCUCAUGUCCUCUAUAAGAUCAGACAGAACUCUAGUUUCACAGAGAAAACCAACGAGAUCCGCCGGGCCUACUGGCGCCCGGGGCCCAACACGGGGGGAAAGUUCUACUUCCUCUACGGCUUUGUGUGGAUCCAGGAUAUGAUGGAGAGAGCCAUCAUUAAUACGUUUGUGGGCCAUGACGUGGUGGAGCCUGGCAACUAUGUUCAGAUGUUCCCUUACCCCUGCUACACCAGAGACGACUUCCUGUUUGUGAUCGAGCACAUGAUGCCUCUGUGCAUGGUGAUCUCCUGGGUCUACUCUGUAGCCAUGAUGAUCCAACACAUUGUGGCUGAGAAGGAGCACCGGCUCAAAGAGGUGAUGAAGAUGAUGGGCCUGAACAACGCGGUCCACUGGGUGGCCUGGUUCAUCACUGGGUUUGUCCAGUUGUCCAUCUCAGUGACCGCCCUGACGGGCAUCCUGAAGUACGGCCGGGUGCUCCUUCACAGCGACAUCUUCAUCAUCUGGCUCUUCCUCUCCAUCUACGCCAUCGCCACCAUUAUGUUCUGUUUCCUGGUGUCAGUGAUCUACUCCAAGGCCAAGCUGGCGUCAGCGUGUGGCGGGAUAAUCUACUUCCUCAGCUAUGUCCCAUACAUGUACGUGGCCAUCAGGGAGGAGGUGGCCCAUGACAAGAUCACUGCCUUCGAGAAGUGCAUCGCUUCUCUAAUGUCGACCACAGCGUUCGGCCUGGGCUCGAAGUACUUUGCCCUGUAUGAGGUGGCUGGGGUUGGCAUCCAGUGGCGCACCAUCAACCAGUCACCUGUAGAGGGCGAUGACUUCAACCUUGGCCUGUCCAUGAUGAUGCUCAUCAUCGAUGCUAGUGUGUAUGGAGUACUCACCUGGUACAUAGAGGCUGUACAUCCAGGGAUGUAUGGGCUGCCUCGGCCGUGGUACUUCCCCCUGCAGAAGUCCUAUUGGCUGGGAAGUGGGCGUGUGGAGACGUGGGAGUGGCCCUGGGGGGGAGGGGCCAGGCUGAGUGUCAUGGAGGAGGACCAGGCGUGUGCCAUGGAACACCGGCGAUCUGAGGAGAUCCGUGGUAUUGAAGAGGAGCCCUGCCACCUGCCUCUGGUGGUUUGUAUAGACAAGCUGACCAAGGUCUACAAGACGGGCAAUAAGCUGGCCCUCAACAAGCUGAGCCUCAACCUCCACGAGAACCAGGUGGUGUCCUUCCUGGGACACAACGGAGCCGGCAAGACCACCACCAUGUCUAUUCUGACAGGUCUGUUCCCGCCCACCUCUGGCUCAGCCACCAUCUACGGCCAUGACAUCCGUACUGACAUGGAGCGGAUCAGGCAGAACCUGGGCAUGUGUCCACAGCACAAUGUGCUCUUUGACAAGCUCAGCGUGGAGGAGCACCUGUGGUUCUACUCUAAACUCAAAGGCAUGGCCGAGGAAGACAUCCGCAAGGAGAUGGACAAGAUGAUAGACGAUCUAGAGUUGAAUAAUAAGCGUCACAGCCUGGUGCAGACCCUGUCUGGGGGGAUGAAGAGGAAGCUGUCCGUGGCCAUAGCGUUUGUGGGCGGCUCCCGGGCCGUCAUCCUGGAUGAGCCCACGGCGGGGGUGGACCCCUAUGCACGCAGAGCCAUCUGGGACCUCAUCCUCAAGUACAAACAGGGUCGCACCAUCCUGCUGUCCACCCACCACAUGGAUGAGGCUGACCUGUUAGGAGACCGCAUAGCCAUCAUCUCCCAUGGAAAACUCAAGUGCUGUGGCUCCCCACUCUUUCUCAAGAGCACAUACGGAGACGGCUACAAACUCACCCUGGUCAAGAAACAGAGUGAGAGCGGAGACCAGGUCACCCAGCCCCAGCCUCCCUCCACCCUGUCCCCUUCCUCCUCCUCCCUGUCCCCUUCCUCCUCCUCCCUGUCCCCCUCCUCAUCCUCCCUGUCCCCCUCCACCUCCUCCUCCCUGUCUCCCUGCUCGGAGGCCCGGGUUACCCAGUUCAUUCGUCAGUUUGUGGGGUCCUGUCUGCUGCUGUCUGACUCCAACACUGAGCUAUCCUACGUGCUGCCCUCUGAGGCUGUCAAGAAGGGCUGCUUCGAGAGGCUAUUCCAGGCAUUGGAGCAGAAUCUGGCCAUCUUGGCUCUGACCAGCUUCGGGGUGAUGGACACCACUCUGGAGGAGGUCUUCCUCAAGGUGUCUGAGGAGGACCAGUCCCUGGAGAACAGUGAUGCCGACAUGAAGGAUUCCCCAGGCGGUAUCUCAGUGGGGAAACCUGCUGAUGCCGUGGGUCUGGGGUGCUCUGGAAACCUGGUGAUGUGCUCCAGGCUCAGCCAGAGCCAAUCCUCCCUGCGCUCCUCCUCCUCCCUGGGGUCCGUACGGGGGAAUGAGGAAGGGCUCUACGCAGACUUCUACGGAGACUACUGCCGCCUCUUCGACAAUGGACAGGACCCUCACUCUACCAGCCUGAGGGCGGAUGCGGAGGAAGCCUCCCCUGAGCCUGUGGUCCUGGAGGGGCAGGGCAGCUUCAAGCUGGAGGGCUGGUGGCUGAAGCUACGCCAGUUCCACGGCCUGAUCGUCAAGAGAUUCCACUGCGCCAAGAGGAACACCAAGGGCCUCUUCUCUCAGAUCCUGCUGCCCGCAUUCUUCGUCUGCGUGGCCAUGACUGUCGCACUGUCUGUGCCUUCCAUCGGAGAUCUGCCACCACUGAUCCUGUCCCCAUCCCAGUACCACAACUACACCCAGCCCCGUGGCAACUUCAUCCCCUACGCCAACGAAGACCGCCCACAGUACAGGAGUAAACUGUCCCCAGAUGCCAGCCCUCAGAAGAUCGCCAACACACUGCGUCUGCCAUCUGGCGUGGGUGCCACCUGCGUCCUCAAAACGCCCUUCAACAGCACCCUGGACCAGCUGGCACAGACGCUCAACCCCAGCGCCAACAACAGCAAGACCCUGGCCGCCCGCUACUUUGACUCCAUGUGUCUGGACUCCUUCACCCAGGGAGUGCCCCUGUCCAACUUCGUACCCCCUCCCCCCUCACCAGCCCCCUCCGACGACCCCGACACUCGCUUUGACGAUGGGCUGUGGAACUUCACUGCCACCACUCCUACCACUGUCAGGGAAACAGUGACUUCUCCCCCCACCCUGCCUCUGUCCAUCCGGGAGCCUGUUCGUUGUAUCUGCUCCAUGCAGGGUACGGGCUUCUCCUGCCCCAGCGGGGUGGGGGGGCGGCCGCCCCUCAUGAAGGUGGUCACCGGGGACAUUCUGGUAGACAUCACCGGGCGCAACGUGUCAGAGUAUCUCCUCUACACCUCCGACAGACUGCGCCUGCACAGAUAUGGAGGACUCACAGUAGGCAACAUACAGAAAUCAGUCCCAGCAUCCUUUGGGAAAAAGACUCCGCCCAUGGUUCGCAAAAUAGCAGUGCGCAGAUCAGCUCAGGUGCUGUUCAAUAAUAAAGGGUACCACAGCAUGCCAACCUAUCUCAACGUCCUCAACAAUGCCAUCCUGCGUGCCAACCUGCCUCCAGGCAAGGGCAACCCUGCUGCAUACGGAAUCACACUGACCAACCACCCCAUGAACCGCACCAGUGCAAGCCUCUCUCUGGACUAUUUGCUCCAGGGCACUGAUGUGGUGAUAGCUAUCUUCAUUAUCGUGGCCAUGUCCUUUGUACCAGCCAGCUUUGUGGUCUUUCUGGUGGCAGAGAAGUCGACCAAGGCCAAGCACCUGCAGUUUGUGUCUGGAUGUGACCCUGUCAUCUACUGGUUGGCUAACUAUAUAUGGGACAUGUUGAACUACUUGGUGCCUGCCACGUGCUGUGUCCUUAUCCUGUUUGUCUUUGACCUUCCUGCGUAUACAUCCCCAACCAACUUCCCUGCGGUCCUGUCUCUCUUCCUCCUCUACGGGUGGUCUAUCACUCCUAUCAUGUACCCGGCCUCCUUCUGUUUCGAGGUGCCCAGCACGGCCUAUGUGUUCCUCAUCGUCAUCAACCUUUUCAUAGGCAUAACUGCCACAGUGGCCACGUUCCUGCUGCAGCUCUUUGAGCAUGACAAGGAUCUGAAACUGGUGAACAGCUACCUAAAGUCCUGUUUCCUUAUCUUCCCAAAUUACAACCUGGGUCACGGCCUGAUGGAAAUGGCAUACAACGAAUACAUCAAUGAGUACUAUGCUAAAAUAGGUCAGUUUGACAAGAUCAAGUCUCCAUUUGAGUGGGACAUUGUGACUAGAGGGCUGGUAGCCAUGACAAUCGAGGGCUUUGUAGGAUUCUUCAUCACCAUCCUGUGCCAGUACAACUUCCUCAGGAAACCCUCGAGAGUACCAGUGAGCAGCCAGCCCAUAGAAGAUGAUGAUGUGGAUGUGGCCUGUGAGAGACGGAGAGUACUGAGAGGAGAUGCUGACAACGACAUGCUGAAGAUUGACAACCUCACCAAGGUGUACAAGUCGAGGAAGAUGGGGCGUAUCUUGGCUGUUGACCGGCUGUGUUUGGGCGUGCGUCCUGGGGAGUGUUUCGGCCUCCUGGGGGUGAACGGAGCAGGGAAGACCACCACCUUUAAGAUGCUGACUGGAGACGAGAGCACCACGGGAGGAGAGGCUUUCAUAGGGGGAAAUAGUAUCCUGAGGGAGCUGUUGAGAGUGCAGCAGAGCAUUGGUUACUGCCCUCAGUUUGAUGCCUUAUUUGAAGACCUGACAGCCAGAGAGCACCUGGAGCUGUACACACGCCUCCGAGGCAUCCCCUGGAAGGACGAGCAGAGGGUGGUCUCAUGGGCCCUAGAGAAGCUGGAGCUGUCCAAGUAUGCAGACAAGCCGGCUGGCACCUACAGUGGGGGAAACAAGCGCAAGCUGUCUACUGCCAUCGCCCUCAUUGGAUACCCCUCUCUUAUCUUCCUGGAUGAACCUACUACAGGGAUGGACCCUAAGGCCCGCAGAUUCCUCUGGAACCUCAUCCUUGACAUCAUCAAGACGGGACGCUCUGUGGUGCUGACAUCACACAGUAUGGAGGAAUGUGAGGCUCUGUGCACCAGACUAGGCAUCAUGGUCAACGGCAGGUUCAAAUGCCUGGGCAGCAUCCAACACCUCAAGAACAGGUUUGGUGAUGGUUACAUGAUCACAGUGCGGACUAGAACCAGUUCCAGUGUGAAGGAGGUGGUGAGAUUCUUCAACAGGAAUUUCCCUGAGGCUGUACUAAAGGAGCGCCACCACACUAAGGUCCAGUUCCAGCUGAAGUCCGAGAGGAUCUCCCUGGCCCAGGUGUUCAGUAAGAUGGAGCAGGUGGUGGAGGUGCUGGGGAUAGAGGACUACUCUGUCAGCCAGACCACACUGGACAACGUGUUUGUGAACUUUGCCAAGAAGCAAAGUGACAACCUGGAGCAGCAGGAGAGUUCCCCCCCUGCUGGAGGCCAGUCGCCACUGCAGCGCCUGCUCAGCCUGCUGAGGCCCCGGCCUGCAAAUACGGAGCUCAGCGCCCUGGUCAGCGAAGAGCCGGGGGAACUGGAGAGUGACGACGAUGAGGGCCUCAUCAGCUUUGAAGAGGAGAGGGUGCAGCUCUCCUUUAACACAGAUACUGUCUGUUGAACUGUGGAAACUCAGAGAGGGGGCGUGGCUGGACAGACAAUGUCGGAGGGGGAAACUCGGAGAGGGUGUGGCUAGAUAUAUAAAGUGGGAGGAGGAAACUCAGAGAGGGUGUGUCUAUUAGAAAGAGAGAGGAGGAAAUGUACAUCAGUGGAGGCUGGAGGGA